CGAACAGAAUUGUAGACAUAAAUUUAGCGGGAAAUAGAAAUUAUACACAAAUCAUGGCCGCGACAGCUACACAGAAUGCAAUCACAUUGAAAGGAUCGACAGAAAUAGUUUCCGAGUUCUUUUCUUUUGGAAUCAACAGUAUUCUGUACCAAAGAGGAAUAUACCCACCUGAGACGUUUACCCGACAACAAAAGUAUGGACUCACUCUCCUCGUCACUACAGAUGAUGCACUGAAAAAUUAUCUCAAUGAAGUUAUUUCACAAGUUAAAGAAUGGCUACAACAGAUGACAGUAAAGAAGUUAGUUGUUGUGAUCAAAGACAUAGAUACAAAAGAAGUAUUUGAAAGAUGGCAGUUUGAUGUAGAAUGUGAUAAAUCAAUUCUUAGUGAUGGAAAACCAAGAGAGAAGUCUGAAAAGGAGAUUAAUAAAGAAAUUUGUUCAGUUUUACGGCAGAUAACAGCUUCAGUUACAUUCCUACCUCUUUUAGAAAGUGCUUGUGCUUUUGAUCUCCUAGUCUAUACAGAUAAAGAUCUAGAAGUACCAGACUCUUGGGGUGAAGAUGGCCCACAAUUCAUUGCAAAUUCAGAGGAAGUUAGACUUAGAUCGUUUACAACGUUACUUCAUAAAGUAGAUGCCAUGGUAGCAUACAAAAAAACAGAUUGAUAAAAUAUAAAAUUGAGAUGAAUAAAUCAAGGAGUUCGCAUACCAGAGAACAUGUAUGGGAACUUAGGACAAAGGAGAGAAAAAAUGCUUUGUUUGUGGAACUGGAGAUGAGAUUUUGUUUUUGUUUUGGAGAAGUGAAUUUGAAUGUUUUUGACUGCUAGAUUUAACAUUAUGAUUUUGUCUUUGCAUUUUUGAAUGCCUUAUUGCUAGCUUUUCAUUUGUGCUGUAUAUUUCUCUGAAACAGUAUUUUUUUAUGUUUCAUAACCAUGAUAAUUUUCUGUAAUAUUAUAUGUUUAGUUCAAAGAUGAAUAUUUUCUAAGUUUGCAUUUUGAUUACAUGGGUUUAUAACUUUUUUCACAAAAGCAUUUAAUAUUCCUAAAUUUUGAUUUAUACACAUGAUACAUCUGAGCUUAACAAUAAGUUUUAAAGCAUUCCUUUUUUAAACUUUUUAUAAGAACUAUAAGAUAAUUGCAGACAUAAUCAUUUUUACAGUAAUAUAUAAUGUUAUUAAGUAAUGUUUUCUUACAAUGUUUACACCACAUGUAGAAUAAUAGGAAGUGAGGAAUUAAGUUGUUUGUCCCUUUUCCAUAGUAGGUUUAAAUGUUAAGUGAAAAAAAAUUACCAUGCAGUUGCGUUCAAAUCAAUACGUGACUUUUUUAACACAUUUUCCAAAAAAAGGAUAAGUGGUGAGAUUGACAAUAAGACCCUCACACCCAAAAAACUUUCUUUGAGUAAUUUUUCAUACACUUUGUUGUACAAAUUUAUUUGGAACUGAUUAUUACCCAUUUUAAAAAAUAAAAUUUUCAUUUCUAUUCUCCCCCACCCGCUUAAUGAUAAAUCAUUUUCUGCUUUUUUCAAAGGUUACCAAGGUAACUUUAAUCAUGUGACAAACUGUGUACAAACAUCCUGAUCUUAUUAGCCAUGUGAUUAGUUAUGCUAGUAAUUUAUUAAGUGUUUUUGUAUUUUUCCAUUAUUAGUGCUAGAAAAUGCUAAUUUUUGUAUCGCAUAUUUGAUACUGAAAUGACACAAUGUGAAUCUCAUGCUUUCAGUAUAUGUUCACUGAUAUUCACUGAAGAUAUUUUAUUAGACCAUUAUUAUAAAAACAAAUGCUGAAAAUAAACAUAAAAUGGAUAAAGAAAUUCUGUUUUAUUUAUAAUAUUUAAAGUUAAUUUGAAACGA